AUGGUCAAUCCUCCGCACGGUGGUGUUCUCAAGGAUCUUCUUGCGCGUGAUGCCCCCAUGGCAGAAAAGCUUCGUGAAGAAGCAGAGUCUCUACCCGAGAUCAUGCUCAAUGGUCGCCAAUUGUGUGAUUUGGAGCUCAUCAUCACUGGCGGCUUCUCUCCUCUGGAGGGAUUCAUGAACAAGGCCGACUAUGAAGGCUGCUUGACCAACAUGCGUCUGGCCAGCGGUGCACUCUUCCCUAUUCCUGUGACACUGGAUGUGUCGAAGGAGCAGGUCGAGACUCUUGGCCUGAAAGAAGGUGCGCGCGUCGCGUUGCGCGACGCGCGCGAUGACACUAUCAUUGCCAUUCUGACCGUCUCGGACCUGUACGACGUGAAUGUGUCUCGCGAGGCCGAGCUUGUCAUGGGGGCUGACGACAAGGCGCACCCAGCCGUCGCAUUCCUCUACCAGAACGCCAAGGACUACUAUGUGGGCGGCAACGUUCAGGCUGUGGCCAAGCCGCAGUACUUCGACUACGUCGAGCUCCGCUACACGCCUGCUGAGUUGCGCCACCACUUCAGCAAGCUUGCCUGGCCGCAAGGUCAGUGGCCUUCACAGACUAGUAACCCGAUGCACCGUGCCCACCGUGAGCUGACCGUGCGUGCAGCGCGCCAGCUUCAGGCCAAUGUGCUGAUCCACCCCGUCGUCGGUCUCACUAAGCCCGGUGAUGUCGACCACUACACACGUGUGCGUGUCUAUCAAAGCCUCAUGCCCCGCUACCCGAAGGGCAUGGCGCACUUGGCUCUGUUGCCGCUUGCCAUGCGUAUGGCUGGUCCUCGCGAGGCACUGUGGCAUGCCAUUAUUCGUAAAAACUUUGGUGUGACGCACUUUAUCGUCGGUCGUGACCAUGCUGGCCCCGGCAAGAACAGCCAGGGUGAGGACUUCUAUGGCCCGUACGAUGCACAGGAUCUUGUCAAGAAGCACACCGAUGAGCUGGGCAUCGAGAUGGUGCCGUUCCAGAUGAUGACAUACCUGCCAGACUUGGACGAAUACCACCCAGUCGAUGCCGUGCCCGAGGGCGCCAAGACACUCAACAUUAGCGGCACUGAGCUUCGCAAGCGCUUGCGUUCAGGCGCGCCGAUCCCCGACUGGUUUAGCUAUGACAGCGUUGUCAAGACGUUGCGCGAGAGCUACCCGCCCAAGACAAGCCAAGGUUUCACCAUCCUGCUCUCGGGCUUGCUGAACUCCGGCAAGGACCAGAUUGCCAGUGCAUUACAGGUCAAACUUCAUGAACAGGGUGGCCGCAGCGUCUCACUCCUGCUUGGUGACACGGUGCGUCACGAGCUCUCCUCUGAGCUCGGCUUCUCGCCUGAGGACCGCCACAAGAACCUCCAGCGAAUUGCUUUCGUCGCUAGCGAACUCACACGUGCUGGUGCUGCAGUCAUUGCUUCACCUAUUGCGCCAUACGAGCACUCGCGUCAAAUGGCCCGCGACACGAUUCUUAAGGGCGGUGGCUCGAACAACUUUUUCCUGAUCCACGUUGCAACGCCCCUGGAGUACUGUGAGAAGCAUGACCGCCGCGGCAACUAUGCCAAGGCCCGCCGUGGUGAAGUCAAGGGCUUCACCGGUGUCGAUGACGUCUACGAGGCCCCCAAGGACGCGGACUUGGUCGUCGACUUGUCGCAGCAGAGUGUGGCUGAGAUUACACACUCUAUCGUGCUCCUUCUGGAAGCGAAUGGCCUCAUUUGA